AUUCUUUCACCUUGACGCGCUUGUUUAGGAUUAGGGAUACCAUCAUUUUAUAAGAAGGGAACGCGCCUCUGCGAUCCGUGCGGACCAUGUGAGCUCUACAAGGAUUUCCAGCAGAGUCGAUGGAUGUACAUUCUCAUCUUACUAUGAUUCAGUUUUGGAGAGUUUGACGCGACUAAAAAUGCUAUGUUUCCACACAAGUAUGCUUUGGAGAAUACUGACUCUGAUCCUUCUGCAAGGCGUUUUGAUGUCAUCUGUGAAAUCCGGGAGCUACCCUAAAAGUGUCCCGGACCCCGACGCAUCCGAUGCGUCACAGCCGUCCGAGACGUCCAGGUCCAGACAAAAACGCUGCACCUGUUAUUCCUACACGGACAAGGAGUGCGUCUAUUACUGCCAUCUGGAUAUCAUCUGGAUUAAUACUCCUGAGCGCACUGUGCCUUAUGGUAUGUCUAACUACAGAGGACCAAAGAGAAGGAGACGCGAUGCGGCUGCUGCACCAGCGACUGAAGGUGACCAGCCUCAGACGCCACGCUGCAUUUGUGCUGUGACAGAUGCAGACCCCGAGUGUCAGCGCUUCUGUCUGGCAAGGCUGCAUCAGACUUGACCUACCAGGAGUCUCCACAGAUUCCCCCGCCUCGGAUGGCGUCGCCACAACCAUUCAGCUUCUGCUGUUCUUCCUAGGUCAAUGGAUACUUUUGCUCCUCUUUAUUCUCUUGCCUUCGCCCUCCGUUUGGUUCCUUGCCUCCCAGGUACAAUCUGUGAAAAGGAAGAACUUCGGCGUUGCGCACUGCCAACAUUCCUCAACAUCAAAACUCUUGGAACAAGUUAGAUCAGGCCAACAGGUUGCAAGAAGUCACCAGGAAAAUUUGAUGCAGAGCCCUGGAGGCUAUUCCUUCUUUGUGUUCCCUUUUGAGAGAACCAAAGGGAUUGCUUUUCCUAUAAUAUCAACACAAUAGCCAAUGACUUUGCUUAUGUCAAGCUUAAUCAGACCCACUCUUGGUUUUGGUUUGUCCUUUGUCCACCGGAUCUUCCAAAAAAAAA